AUGCAGACUGCGGACGACGGCCGUGGUCCCCUGAAGUUUCAGAUGCUCCACUAUGUGAAGAUCCAGACAGAUCCAGACGUGAUCUGCCUCAGCGCCACCGCUGAGUCAGCGCUGGUGGAGGCAGCGGCGGCCGAGGCCCCGGGCGCAGGGGUGGCAGGGCGGCUGGAAGGUUACUGCGUUCAGCUGGAGAGGAGCUCUGUUUUUGCGCACGACAAGGCGCUGCACGCGCUGCAGCAACUGUCAGUGUGUGGCCUCCCCAGCUUGGCCAGCCCCCAGCACCACCUGCAGCAGCUGGGACGCUUCCUCGAUUUAGGGCAGCCGGCGCUGGCCGGCGCACUGGGGGCGCUGGUCGCUGUGUUGUUGCGGGAGGGGGUGGCCUCCCGCCAAGACGGCUUCGACGACGGCGAUGGCGCCGGCGCGGGCAGGGUGGGGGGUGGCGCCGUCGAAGUGGACCGCCUGGCAGACAUGGCGCUGCAGGGGUGA